AUGGCAAUCCAACCGCCGCUGGCCAACGAUAAGAAGCGAGUCAAGGUCUACGAGCUGAGAGACAAUGACUGGUUCGAUAGAGGUACCGGAUUUUGCACCGGUCAGGUCAUCAAUGAUGAGCCUCGAGUCUUCGUCGAAUCUGAAGAUCAACCCGAGCGCAUGCUUCUCGAAACCAAGAUCCGGAAGGAUGACGGCUACCAGAAGCAACAAGACACGCUCAUAGUAUGGACCGAAUCCAAUGGCACAGAUAUGGCCCUCAGUUUCCAAGAAGCGGAGGGUUGUGCCGUUAUCUGGGAUUUUGUUCAUAACGUUCAGCAACAGCUCAAACAACUCCCGGACGAUGGCCUCUCCGAUGACGCGCUUGACGGCAUUACGACCUCCUUUGCUCUCAGUGCGCCCGCCCUCAACAACCUUGACGAGAUCGAGCAGACCAUCCGCGCUGCCAGUAUAUCCCAAGGCGGUCGCGAAGCCCUUGCCAAAUUCGUCUUACGCGAGGAGUACCUCUCAAAACUGAUACCCCUUCUUUCCGAUGCCGAAGACCUAGAAUCUCUCUCGGACCUGCACCGAUUGUGUAAUAUUAUGAAAGCCUUCAUCCUCAUGAACGAUAGCAGCGUAAUUGAGCAUAUGGUUGACGACGACAUCAUUCUCGGAGUCGUCGGCGCCCUCGAAUACGACCCCGAUUUCCCGACGCACAAGGCCAACCACCGCCAAUACCUCGGUGACCAGACAAGGUACAAGGAAGUCGUGGAAAUCAAGGAUCAGCAAAUCAAGAAGAAGAUUCGACAAACAUGGCGACUACAGUAUCUGAAAGAUGUUGUACUCGCACGAAUAUUAGACGAUCCCACGUUCGGAGUGCUGAACAGCCUCAUAUAUUUCAACCAGGUGGAGAUAGUCCAGCAUCUGCAGCAAAACACCGCCUUCCUGAAAGAGCUGUUCGCCAUAUUUAACAUCGAGGUUGAUGGCACCAAACAGAAAGAGGAGGCAGUCCAAUUCCUACAGCAAUGCGCCGCUAUAACAAAGACGUUGCAGCUGCAGUCGAGAGAGAACCUUCUCAACAACUUCAUUCAGCACGGACUCUUUGCUGUCAUCACUUUCGCAAUUCGACAUGCGCAGCCUUCGAUGCGGACGACUGGGAUCGACAUCCUUGUUGCGCUUCUGGACCACAAUCCUAACAUGAUGCGGAACUACAUGCUUAAGGCCGUUUCCGAGAAGAAGACACCGCUGACCGACAUUCUGAUCGAUCUCUUACAUGCAGAGACAGAUCUUGGAGUUAAGAACCAACUUUCGGAUGCCAUCAAGAUUCUCCUUGACCCCCAACCGCCCACGAAUGAGCCGAUGAAUAAUAGGAAUAGUUCGGAGUUUGUUACGAAGCUGUCCAGGCCUCCACAGUUGACUCCUACUCAAGCUGCCAACGAGCAGUUCGCUCAAGACAACUUCGAUCGAUCUUGCAGGAAACUAUUCAAGCCGCUUAAGGAUCUGGAGCAGCGCGUCACAUUGAAUUGCGGCUUUCAGGAAGUGUCUCUGUACUCUUACCUAGUCGAGAUUCUGACCUUUUUCUUGCGCCAACACUCGAUGCGAAGUAGACACUUUGUGUCUUCUGAAAACUUGACGUCCCGGGUCGCCCAAUUGCUCCAAGUUCGGCAGAAGCCGCUCAAGCUCACAGCGCUUAAGUUCUUUCGGACCGCAAUCGCGCUGCAAGACCAGUUCUACUCGCAACAAAUACUCAAAACAUCGUCGUUUGAGCCAAUCAUCAACAUAGUUAUUGAAACGAUGCCGCGGGACAACCUCCUCAACUCUGCCUGUCUGGAGAUGUUUGACUUCAUCCGAAAGGAAACCAUCAAGCCAAUCAUCAUUCAUUUGGGCGAACACUACCGCCCGAAGCUGCAGUCAAUAAUCUAUGUCGACACUUUUGAGGAUUUGCUCAUGCGGUACGAUCAGCUCACGGCCGACAAACCUGAAAUGGAGCAUACCCUCUUUAGCCAGGACGAAGAUAGUCCAUCUAUGAGCAGACAGAAUCUCAGUGGCAGGUGGCAAGGCAUCCCGGACAUGGAUGCUAGCGAAGAGGAUUACUUUAAUACCAGCGAUGACGAUGAAGACGCCCCUGUCGAAGAAGACGACCGUCUGCAGUGGAACAAGAGCAAGGAUGUGGUCAACGGUACCACUUCACCUGUGAACAAGCCGCUCGUCGACUAUCCCGACGAUGACGAUGAUGUCGAUGACCUCCUCAUGGACCCGAAGCCAGUGGUGACACCUCAAACGCCGCUAACACCCGAGAGCGAGUCAGGUGACUCCCCUGACGCCAAGGGCCUGACACCAGACAAGCAGAGACAGCUUCAACCCUCGCCAGAUAUCCGUUCGUCCACAGAUCCAGCCAGUGAGCUCCAGCACCCGCCUGAGAGAAUAGCAGAAAAGAGAAGGCGGCAAGAAGACGAGGAAGAAGAUGAACUUGGCAAGCUAUCGACGGGCGUUAAGAGACGCAAUUCUUCAAGUGCUAGCUCUGCCAGCAGUUUGCUCUCUCAGGGAACAGGAAUGAAGCGCAAGAAAAGCUUUCUCAGAAGCAAGCAAGCGACACUGAACACUGGCGAGCCUAAUCAAGUACCAACCAAGGGCACUGCUGGUGAGAACCAAGAUGAACCUGACGCUUCCCUGAAGAGGAGCCCAAGGAUCAAGGUCUCCCUCAGCAACCAAAGCACUAAGGCGAAUGAGAGUGCUGAAGCAGAAAAGGAAAAGCCUGCACCCGAGGAAACUGCCAAGUAG